AUGGUGUAUAUAGUUGAGAACAUUGAUGAUGAUGAUGAUGAUGAUAAGACAGAAACAUGUGUUUUUCCCUUCACCUACAAGGGGUCUAUUUACUUCACUUGCACAAAAACCAAUAGCCUCUCCCAUUGGUGUGCAACCAGAGCAGUGUAUGACGGCAGAUGGAAGUACUGUACUACGGAAGAUUACCCACGAUGCGUCUUCCCCUUCCUCUACCGAGGAAAGUCCUAUAACAGCUGUAUCACAGAAGGCAGCUUGCUUGGAAGGCUGUGGUGCUCCGUCACCUCCAGCUUUGAUGAGAAGCAGCAGUGGAAGUUCUGCGAAACAAAUGAAUAUGGAGGAAAUUCUUUCAGCAAACCUUGCAUCUUCCCCUCCACCUACAGAAAUAAUGUGAUCUUUGAAUGCCUUGAGGAUGAAAGCAACAAGCUCUGGUGUCCAACCACGGAGAACAUGGACAAGGACGGAAAGUGGAGUCUUUGCGCCGACACUAGAAUAUCCUCAUUGGUUCCUGGCUUUCCCUGCCACUUCCCAUUCAACUAUAAAAACAAGAAUUAUUAUAACUGCACUAGCAAAGGAUCAAAAGAGAACCUCAUGUGGUGUGCGACUUCCUACAACUAUGACCAGGACCACACCUGGGUGUACUGCUGA